GAGGAAGCGAAGAUAAGAAGGAAAAACAAAGGGGUAUUAAUAUUGGGAGCGCUUCUUCCGGCGAUCGAGAUUGAAGCGGCGGGAAGAGGAAGAGCUUCCACAUGCGGCAUUCGUUGACUAUAAAACCACAAUGUCUCGAUAUCAAUGGAGGUAUCAAGCGUCGUCUUCAAAGUUUCGAGAUCGACGGGGAUUACAGAACCGGGUGGUGUUCUUGCCUUCAACGUGUUCGAUCGAAUGCCGCAGAGGUUUUACUUCCUUUAAGGUUAGAGCUUUCAGAAGAAGGCCGAUUGCAGGAAGAUUUCCCGAUUGGAUUUUCGAUAAGAUUUAGUGUUUGGAUAGAAAGAGAAGAGAAUAAGUGAUAGGAUGGUUGGUGGCAUGGAAUUGAGUUCCAGUAGUGGAGGCGCUUCUUUUGAAGGGAAGUUCACUUUUUAUGUGGCUGUCUGUGCAAUAAUUGCAGCAACUGGAGGCCUUAUGUUUGGCUAUGAUAUUGGGAUAUCUGGAGGAGUGACAGCAAUGGAUGGAUUUCUACAAAAAUUUUUCCAUAAUGUAUAUGUGAGAAAGCAUCUGGCCCAUGAGAACAACUACUGCAAGUAUGACAACCAGGGCCUUCAGCUCUUCACCUCUUCACUGUAUCUUGCAGCCAUCAUCGCUAGUUUCUUGGCAUCUAAGUCCUGCUCCAAGUAUGGGCGUAAACCAACCAUGCAAGCUGCUUCUGUCUUCUUCAUGGCUGGUACAGUUCUAUGCGCUGGUGCUGUCAACCUGUCCAUGCUUAUCAUAGGCAGGAUACUCCUCGGAGUGGGAGUCGGAUUUGCCAACCAGGCAGUUCCACUGUUUCUAUCAGAGCUUGCUCCUGCAAAAAUUAGAGGAGCUCUGAACAUCCUCUUCCAACUCGACGUUACCAUUGGCAUCUUCAUCGCCAACAUUGUCAACUACUUCACUUCCGAAAUUCACCCAUGGGGCUGGCGGCUCUCCCUCGGCCUAGCCGGAGUUCCAGCAUCCAUCUUAUGCUUGGGAUCCUUCAUCAUUCCCGAGACGCCAUCAAGUCUCGUCGAGCGAGGGAUGCUCGAAGAAGGGCUUAAGAUGUUGAGGAAGGUUAGGGGGGUGGAGAACGUCGAAGCCGAAUUCGAGGAGAUGAAACAGGCCAGCAAGAUGGCACAACAGGUGAAGCACCCUUACAGGAUGCUCAUGAAUCGACCGAGCAGACCGCCACUGGUGAUCGGCAUGCUGAUGCAGGUGUUCCAGCAGUUCACCGGCAUCAAUGCCAUUAUGUUUUAUGCACCCGUCCUCUUUCAGACUGUCGGUUUCAAGAACAAUGCGUCGUUGCUGUCGGCAGUCAUCACCGGUGUUGUAAAUGUGGUCAGCACAAUUAUAUCUGUGCUCUCGGUGGACAGAGCUGGAAGAAGGAUCUUGUUGCUUUCUGCUUGUUUCUUGAUGUUCAUUGCUCAGACUACAAUUGGAAGCCUUCUCUAUGCUUACUUGAAGACUACAAACAGCCUCCACAAAGGGACAGCCAUUGUAGUAGUCCUUCUGGUCUGCAUCUUUGUCAUGAGCUUUGCAUGGUCUUGGGGUCCUCUUGGCUGGUUGAUACCAAGCGAAACCUUCCCGUUGGAGACGAGAACCGCCGGGUUUGCUUUCGCCGUGAGCACGAACAUGCUCUUCACCUUCCUCAUAGCCCAAGCCUUCCUUUCCAUGUUGUGCCACAUGAAGGCCGGCAUCUUCUUCUUCUUCGCGGCCUGGAUCUUCAUCAUGGGAUUAUUCGCCAUGUUCUUGUUGCCUGAGACGAAGGGAGUUCCGAUCGACGAGAUGAACGAACGAGUCUGGAAGCAACACUGGUACUGGAAGAAGUUCAUGGCAGACAAGGAUGAUGCCGUUCAUGAUGACAACUUUGUGGUUUGAUUUGCAAUUUUUUUUUUUAAGAUGUCGUAAACAUUUUGAUCAGAUUUUUAUAUGUUAAAUGGAGACUUAAG